ACCACGGCGGGUUCACCCGUGCCGUCCCGUCACCCCGGUUCGUUGGCCGUCCCGCUCCCGUCCAUCCAUCAUUGUCCAUGGAUCAUUACGCUGCACGCACCACCCUACGUAUCAUCCUACACGCCACGCCAUCGCCUGCCUACACGCACGCACCCCUCCAGCUCGAGGGCAGGGACGACGCCGGCCGCCACCUCCGCUUCUUCCACCCAUCCCGUCAAACGCAGCAUCCUCGCCGUUAUCAUUCUCCUCCCCUCCUCCUCCUCCCCUGUCUCGUCCAUCACCCGUUCCUAGCAGUAGCAGCUAGCCACCUUUUCUCAGGUCAGCCAGGAGGAGGCAUGGGCGGCGGCGCGGUCAGGUGGGUCAAGAUCCUCGCGCUGCUCUCGCUCGUCCCGCUGGCGCUAAGAGCCGGCUCCCUCCUCGGCCACGUCGUCGCGCCGCCGCCCACCUCGGCCCGGCCUUCAGCCGCCACCAGGAGCGCCAGAGUCGUCAUCUCCGGGAAGACGUCGGGGGGUGCUGCUCUGGCCGCCGCGAGGCUCCGUGGCGGCGGCGGCGUAGGCGGGUUCGGCGACGACAAGAGGAUGGCGCCGUCGGGGUCCAACCCGCUGCACAACCUGCGAUGAGCAGUCGCCGUUCCUGCUCGAUCGCUCGCCGAUGCAUGUAUGGAUUCCACGAGGUUUUCUGCUCUGCUCUGCUAUUGCCUCUUCUUCGUAUGAUUGAUGGCACUUCACGUGAUGAUGUAUACUACCACAACAUAUAGUACCAUAUUAUACGUAUUACUUCUUCAGGUUUGUUGCAUUGCAUGUCUAACAAUUGUACUGUACAUACCGCACAAGGCUCAUCGAUCGUCUGUCAUGUUCAAGCAUCAAGGCUUUGUGGAGAUGUAUUGGUGCCUGGA